AUGGAGAGGAAGAGGAAGUCAGAUCAGGCUCAGGUUUCAGGGGGUUUCUUGCAAAAGGCCCGAGUAUCAUUCAUUGUGAAUGAUAUCUCUGCCUUGAUAUUGUUUGAUGCGGGAGCAACCCAAUCUUUUGUAUCUCUUGUGCUCAUCAAGAGGUUUGCUGGAGCUCCAGGGGAGCUAGAUUAUCCAUUAAAGUUUGAUCUUGCGGAUGAUCGAUCCAUUCAGGUAUCGAGGGUUCAUCGAGGUUGUGUUCUAGAGAUAUUCAACGAUCAGUUUCCGAUCGAUAUGGUUCCUAUUCCUUUGUACGGAAACAUAGUUAUUGUAGGGAUGAAUUGGUUAAGUCCCAAUGGGGCGGUGAUUGAUAGCGAGUGUCAUAUGGAUAAGGCGACUGUGGAUGAUGUGUUGAUUGUACGGGAGUACACGAAUGUGUUUCCGAAGGAAUUGCCUGGAGUGCCUCCGGAGAGGCAGGUGGAGUUUAGGAUUGACCUGGUUCCUGAUGCGGCUCCGAUUGCCGAAUAA